AUGUCUUCUGCUGCAUGCAUUUUUUGCAAGAUCAUCAAGGGCGAGAUCCCUUCGAUGAAGAUCUUCGAGAGCGACAAGACACUUGCAUUCCUCGACAUUGGCCCAUUGAGCAAGGGACACAGCCUCAUCAUCCCCAAGCACCACGGCGCAAAGCUCCACGAUAUACCCGACGACCAGCUCUCUGAAAUCCUCGCCGUCACCAAGCGCAUUGCUGUUGCACAGGAUCUCAAGGACUACAACAUUCUACAGAACAAUGGUCGCAUUGCGCAUCAGGAGGUAGACCAUGUGCAUUUCCAUUUGAUUCCCAAGCCGAAUGUGGAGGAGGGACUGACUGUUGGGUGGCCGACGAAGCCAGCGGAUAAGACUGAGUUGGCCAAGUUGCUGGAUGAGAUCAAGAGCAAGAUGUAG